AAACACAGGUGUUGCUCAUAACACUAAUGGGCUUCUAUUUUUUUGAACCAGGGUAAGGUAGACUAGUGAAGAGACCACACAUAUUCACCAUGGAGCGCUCAGAGCUGUCAUAGCAGGGCAACACAGGUGAAUGCCUCAAAAUUUACUUUGGGCAGGUGUUUCAUUUGUUUGUGUUAAAGCACCAGCAAUGGUCAACGUGUGUCAGCUUCACUUGUUUAGUCUACUACCUGUAUCCCGGUACAUGGAGACCCAUAAUUAGUGUUAUGAGUGACACCUGUGUUUGUCCCACGAUGACGCCUCUGUGGUAACUGUCUAUUACACCAUCUAGCACUGGCCCUGGAAGAGGUCUUGUCCUGUAGUUAAAAUAGAAGAUACUUGCAAGUCAAGCCCUUCCCAACUGUCAUGUGGGAUAACAAAGGUCACAAAUUAUCGCAACAUAAUGCUGGCGAAAAAGGAGCAGGCAUAACGAGAGCCUCGCUUCAGAUCCUGCCGUGCACGGUGUCCCAGCUGCUCUCAAGCACAAAGGUCGAUUCAUACGUGGUCGGAGGCCGAGAGGUCAGCCAGGCCUCUAUCGUGGGCAUCGUCAGAAGAAGUCAGCCCUUUGAAAAUUACAUCCAGUACAGGGUGGAUGACAUGACGGGCCCUCCUGUGGAUGUGACGCUGUGGGUGAACACGGAGGCUGCGGAUCCUUCGCUGGUGUGUGACGGAAGUCCUGGCACCUACGUUAAGGUUGUGGGAACUUUACGGGGCUCUGAGGUCGGCGGUUCUCCUUGGAAACCUGUAAAUGACAAAUACCCAUCAUCUCGUUUGUCCACCAUUCAGACUGAGGUCCUGCACGUCGUCAGCAAGUGCUGUGGCCAUGAGGGUAUCAGUUUGGAUGACAUCAAGACCAAACUGGAUUACCUCAGUCUCCCGACAAUCAGGAGAUCCCUGGAGUUCCUAAUGAAAGAGGGCAACGUCUUCACAACCAUUGAUGAGCAACAUUUCAAGUCAAUAGGGAGUGGAUAAAUGCUGGUUGGACAUGCCUGCCCAAUUCCCAUUGGUCUUGCUUUGUUUUUUGCUUUGUCAAUGCUGUUGCGCUGACAUUGUGGUGACAGGUCUUGGGGCAUUUAUGUUUUAUUUAUUUCAUUUGUCAACCAGUUGUAGAGGCUUCUAUUUUUGUUGCACAUUUGUUUUAGUUUGUUUGCCUUUUUGUUUUGUCUCUCAAAGUCAUGACUGGUGACACAUUGUAAGAAGCCUUCAACGAGUAUAUGAAUAACUCUUCACAAAGCACUCUGGUUUGUUCUUUAUUUAAGCACAAUCGUCACAUGUUUAUGAAUGGACUACAAUCCCCACGCAGCUGUCGUGUUGGUCUGCCUCGCUUUCCCAGAAUUCCAAGGGAGAGUAUUCGAGGCCGGUCGAAAAUGGCAGCAGACACAAGCACGAACACACCUCCUUUUGAAUGCCCGACAUGGUAAGGGCUUAAGUGUGCAUGCGAACCAAAGGUGUUUUAAAUAACCGCGUAGCCAUUGUUUUAUUUAACACGCCAGGAAUCAGUUGACAGUGAACGCGCUACCGUGCUGGCUGUCGCGAUAUAAAAAUGUAAACAGUGAUGGAUACCUCAGAUGACUGGUCUGGUCAGAACAAAUGCCUCCGCAAAGUCCUGCUUGGACCCCUGCGUCUUUUCUGCCAUGCAAAAAUAUGAGUUUCCUUUGUCCAUGUAUGACAUUAAACGCUAUAUGUUGACUGUGGAUUGUUUUUCAGUAUUUAUAAUUGGAGUCUUAAGGUUUAUUAAAUGAUCGAUAUAAUUCAA